UAUCUAAUUUGCUGCUCAAAUGUAUUUUUUUAAUGCAAAAACAAUACAACAUCGUGCACGAAACAUUCAAAACUUAACGAACAACAGCUUGAACGAAACUACGCUUUUGGCGCCAAACGUCACGAGUUGUUUACCUUUCGGUGGUGGCGUGCGGCACAAGCAAAACUGUGAUAAAAUCAUUUAAAAAGAACUUAACUGACUGAUUAAAAGGAAAAUACGAAUCAUGCCGGACGGGUGCAGUGAUUUGGACAGCACGCGCAGGUUCCUCAAAGCCCGUCUGCUCACCGAUCGUGCGUCGUUUCACGGGUACGAAGCGGAGCGGCAACAAAUCCACGAUCUGCUCGAGCGCACCGCGGAACAUGGUGAAUCAAACAGUGCGCUGCUGCUGGGACCGAGAGGGAUCGGGAAAACCACCCUGGUAACAUCCGUGCUGGUCCAACUGCUGUCCAAAGAAACAUUCCACCGCAACAGUUUGGUCGUGUACCUGAACGGUUUGAUACACAUCGACGAUCGGAUUGCUCUGAAAUCAGCAACCGCCCAAAUGAAUCUCGAAAAUGCCGUCGACGGUAAAGUGUUUGGUUCGUUCGCGGAAAAUCUUGCCUUCCUGCUGGAAUGCCUCAAGGCGGGCGAUCGGAAGAAAUCCAAGAGCGUCAUCUUUCUGCUGGAAGAGUUCGAUCUGUUCUGCUCGCACCACAACCAGACGCUGCUGUAUAACCUAUUCGACGUGGCCCAGUCCGCUCAGGCACCGAUCUGUGUGCUGGGCCUGACCGCCCGCCUGGACGUGAUCGAGCUGCUCGAGAAGCGCGUAAAGUCACGCUUCUCCCAUCGGCAAAUCUUUCUGCUCCCGCGGGAGGACGGGUUCGAGGAACGGUUGGAGCUGUUCGGCAGCUUGCUGAAGCUGCCCACCGAGCAGGAGGUACGCACGUUCGCUGCCACCCAUCCCACCAUCCCGCCGGACGUGCUCAACAACGACGAGCUAGCGCUGCUGCGCAAUCUGUUCAAUCCACGCCAGUACAACCUGCCCUCCAAAUGGGUCACACAGUGGAAUCGGACCAUCGACAAGCUGCUCAAGAGUGCGGAGGUGCAAACGGUGCUGCAGAACAUGUACGAGUACGAUGUGCUGGAAGGGCCGUUCCGGAUGCAGCUGUUUGAGCUGGUGAACGGGCUGGACGAUGAACAUCCGGCCAUUACGAUCGAGUCCAUCCAGCAGCUGGGCGAACGGUACGAAUCGGACGACAAGGUAAAGCUGCUGGCCGGAUCCUCCGUGCUCGAGAUCUGUCUCGUCAUCGCGAUCAAGCACCAUUCGGAGAUUUACGAUCGCGAUCCGUUCAACUUUGAGAUGAUACUGACGCGCUUCAGCAAGUGGGCCAACAGCAGCACCAGCAUGCAGGGCAUCGAGCGGCCGGUCGUGCUGAAAGCGUUCGAGCAUCUGAAGCAGCUGGAGUUUGUCGCACCGCUUACCGGGGGCGGGCUGGCGAAGGUCCAGAAGGAGUACCAGCUGCAUCGGUUGCUGCUAACGUACGGCCAGAUACGUCAGGCCGUUCAGCGGAUGCAGUUUCUGCCGACCGAAAUCAGCCAGUGGGAGCAGAGCUCGCUGGUGUGAGGGUCGGUGGCGGGCGUGUGUUGGAACAGGUUGCGGAAUAAAUUAUCCUCACUUAUUUAUUACGAAUCAGGAAA